AUGCAACCAUCUCUUCUAGGUGAGAUUUCGUCGACCAACCCCUCUUGCAACGAGCAGUCGGGAAAGCGAAGAGACAGGAAGUUCGAGUAUGACGCUGAGGACUUCCGUUUCCAUGCCGUCAGAUCGCUAGCGAUCAAGAAGUGUGAGAAGAACAAGAAGAAGAAGUCGGCGGCUAGCACAAAUGCGGAAGACGGCAGCUCGAAUGCUGCCACUCCAGCCAAGGGAGGCAGAAAGCCGAUGCUGAAGAAGGAGAGCUCGUUCUCGGAGGAUCUCAAGUGCAUCACGAUCGCGGACAUCCUCGAGGACGUGGUCAAUCACGAGGGGAACCUCGCUCGCUCCUACGUAGAGCGCACCUGCACCAACCUCGGGAUCAUGGAGUUAUUUCCCAAGCUCGACGAGCAGCUUCACGAGGUAGAGCAGCAGCACCCUGAGCUUGCCAGCAGCGACUGUGGCGACGACGAGGUUGAGGAAGAGCUCUCGGUGUCUGGUAUGAUCCAUGACAACGAAGAGCCGCCAUCGUGCAAGUCGCCGCCUGAGAAGGAAGGGCUGCCUGCUUGCAGUGAGACGUGCUGA